GAUUUUCUUUUUGUUUUCUCUUGAUUUCUUCCUUUUCUUUUUUGUUUUCUUCCGUUUGAGGAAAAUUUCUCUGAUCUUGUGGCUUGAUCUUGGCCGGUUAUCUUGUGAUGGCCGUUAAUCCCUCUGCUUCCGAUUCGCUUCCGACUUCUGCUACUGGCUCCGUUCCAGUGAUUGCUUCUGGUUCUGUUCCGGCCAUGAUUUCUGGCUCUGAUUCGGUUGCGGUUUCUGGCUCUGUUCCAUUGCUUGGGAUAUUGCCGAGAUGGGGGUGGAUCCCAUUGCCAGAGGUGUUUAAUUGUGAUUGCAAUUCUACCCUCCAAAUGCUGAACCCAUGUCGCUGUGUCCUUCAUUUCAAACCUUUAAACCCUACCAAGACCCUAAAAUCCCACCCAAAACCCAGGCGUUCAGUCGCCAUUGCAUCCGCCCUGCAAUGGAAUAGGAAGCCGCAGCUGGCAGGGGAGACUCCGUGCGUUGUGGUGAUCACCUCCGGAAAAGGUGGAGUUGGAAAGACUAUUACCACCGCAAAUGUGGGUCUCUCGCUGGCCCGCCUCGGGUUCUCGGUGGUGGCCAUUGACGCCGAUGUCAGGCUCCGCAACCUCGACCUUUUGCUCGGGUUGGAGAGCAGGGUUAAUUAUACGGUGGUCGAGGUGCUUAAUGGUGAUUGCCGCCUGGACCAGGCCUUGGUCCCGGACAAGAGGUGGUCGAAUUUUGAGCUGUUUUGCAUUUCCAAGCCCAGAUCGAAACUCCCAAUUGGGUUUGGUGGGAAAGCGCUGGUGUGGCUUGUCGACGCGUUGAAAUCCCGUGAAGAAGGGUCACCGGAUUUCAUUUUGUGAAUGCGGAGGUUUUCAAGGUACUCCUUAUUCUCUAAAUGCUCAGCUUUUCAUACCUCUUGUUGAUCCUGCAUAUAAGAACAUUUAUUUUUGAAGAAAACAUUUGGGUUGUA